CCUAAUUGUUGUGAUAAACUUAUUAAAUAGACUUUAUCAUCAUGGCAAUUGUGAGACAGAAUUUUCACGAAGAGUGCGAGGGUGGAAUAAACAGGCAAAUCAAUAUGGAACUGUAUGCUUCGUAUACCUAUUUGUCAAUGGCUUACUACUUCGAACGGGAUGAUCAGAAGAUGCCGAACGUGGCCAAGUUCCUGAAAAAACAGAGCGACGAUGAAAGAGAACAUGCCAUGAAACUGAUGGAGUACCAGAACAAGAGGGGCGGCAGAAUUCUGCUGAAAGACAUCAAGAAACCGGACCAGGACGAGUGGGGGAAUGUGGUGGAUGUGCUUGAGAGUGCAUUGGCCCUGGAGAAGAAGGUGAACCAGGCUCUGCUAGAUCUUCACGCACUGGCUGACGGACAUGGAGACAAGCAGUUCUGUGACUUCUUGGAGUCCCACUACCUGGAGGAACAGGUGGACUCGAUCAAGGAAUUCGGAGACCUCAUCUCUAGAGCCAAGAAGUGUGGUCCCGGUCUAGGAGAGUUCCUAUUUGACAAACACGCUUUUGACAGCGAGGACGAAGCACCCGCCAACUAAGCGAAACUGAUUAUCAACAAAAACUCGUCCAGUGGACUAGGAACAAAUUAAGACCCUAGAACUGAUUAUUAUGUAGAAAAAAAAAACUGAAAUUCUCAAGUAGAAAUCAUUACAGUGGUGUUUGUACGAAUCUUGACUUGUAAACAUUUUCUUUGAUUGAUUGGUUCGUUGAUUGUAAAUUAGGGCUUGGCUAGUGCCAAUUGUUUUUCAAACGGUAUAAUUUCUUGGGUGCAUCGUGUGAAUUCUUAACUUUACGUGUCACAAAUAUAAUGCAAUACAGCUAUCUCUCACCGUAGAGAUGCUGAUGUUCACUUCAAAUACUGCUAAUCCACUUAUUGUUUGCUGUGCAACUUAGAUAUCGAAAUUGGUCAACAUUGUAUAAAAUUGAAGUCCUGUUCUGCCCAA